ACGGAUAUCUGUGAGUAUGCCACUUCUCUAAAAACCGACAAGGACUUUCUUUUCGGCAGCUAUCGAAAUGUAUAAACAGAAAGAAAGAAGGAAACCCGCGUUUACAUAGCAUUAUUAUUAUUAUUGGGGCUUGCUGUGAUGUCGCAUGUGGCGGACUUGGAGGAGAGGAGCGCCUUCUUCAUCGGCGCGGAUGCGGCGGACGGCGUGUCGGAGGAGGAGGGAGAAGAUGAGGACCAGGACCAGGACCAGCAGCACGAACUCAUCCUGCAGAAAGGAAACGCGCUGGCGUCCAGAGACUGCCUGAAGGAGGCCAUAGACUGGUUCUCCGCGGCCACGCGUUUCGGCCCCGUCAAGCCCGAGCAGCUGAGCACUUUUGUGGACUGCAUCCUCCGCAACUUCAGGAGGAAAUCCCCGCCCGGCCAGGCAAACACCGGGGCCGAGGCCGGAGCCCCGGCCUCGGCCCCGGUGUUUGACUGCCCGGGCUGCAGGGGGUUCCUGGCGGAGCCGGCCACGGCCGCCUGCGGACACUCGUACUGCCGGCGGUGCGUGCGGCGGCGGCUGCUGGCCCGGUGUCGGCUGUGCGGGGAGGCCGUGGCCGCCGGGCACAAGGACAAGCCCAACGUCGCGCUGUGUGCGCUCCUGGAGAAAUGGUUCCCGGACGAGCUGGAGAAGUCCAGAACCCUGAGUGAAGUGGAGGCGAUGUGUAAAAGAAAACGCUACAAAGAAGCCGUCUCGUUGGCGACUGAGCUUAUCCGAUCAGAUCCACAUAGGACGGCAGCUCGACUGUCCCGAGCAGAAGCGUACACGGCUCUGAAACAGUAUCGGCUAGCUCUGGAGGACGCAGAGUUUUGUUCCCGCUCUGGCUGUUCUGUUGAAGCUCUGUUCAGGAAGGCGAUGGUGCUGCAUGAAAUGGGUCAGGUGGACGAGUCUCUUCAAGUCUUCCUCACUUGCCUAACCACUGACGAGGACUUCCCCGGUGCUAAAAGACAAGUGGAAAAGAUCUUGUGUGACCUCCUCUCCCCGGCUGACGAGAACGUCAAGGUUGGCCUGAGGGAAACGACGCAGAACACGCUGCCUCAUCUACGCAGUAAAGCCCUCGUGGCAGAGGCCCAAGCUCAGGCCCAGAGCCCGGUACAGACACAACAACAACAUCAUCAGGGCCGCGCUGCAUCUGCACAUCACGUGGACAACCAGGAGAAACGCUGGGAAAGUCUGGAGCGUCCCGGUCUGAGCCGAGCACAGUCGCUACGAAUGCACGGCUCCGUCAGCGGGGAGGAAGGCCUGAAGAGAGUGAGCUCCGCUCCUCAGCUGGGCGACCAGGACAAGGGCAGCCUGCUCAAGAGAAAGCUGUCCGUGUCGGAUAUGGAGUCUUGCGUCGUGGACAGUGGAAGUAGCAAACACAAAAAGCAAGGUGUGGCAAAAAGCUCCAGACAGCAAACGGCCAAAGCAAAAGCCUGCAGAAGUGUUCCCGAGAGCCUGCUGGAUCCCAACGACCUGGAGUGCUCCCUCUGCAUGAGAUUGUUUUACGAGCCCGUGACCACACCGUGCGGCCACACCUUCUGUAAAAGCUGCUUGGAACGCUGCUUGGACCACAAUCCCCAGUGUCCCCUCUGUAAAGAGAGUCUGAAGGAGUAUCUAGCGUGCAGGAAGUACCGGGUGACGGCUCUCCUGGAUACGCUGAUCAAACAAUACUGGAGCCAAGAGUAUGCGGAGAGGACGAAAAUUCAUCUCGAGGAGACCAGAGAACUGUCUGACCUGACGAAGAAUGUGCCUAUUUUUGUGUGUACCAUGGCUUACCCCACCGUGCCUUGUCCCCUGCAUGUCUUCGAGCCACGUUAUCGCCUCAUGAUUCGCCGCUGCAUGGACACCGGCACGCGGCAAUUCGGGAUGUGUAUCAGCGAUCCCCAGAAAGGGUUUGCUGAUUACGGCUGCAUGCUGAUCAUCAGAAGCGUCCAUUUCCUCCCCGAUGGGCGUUCAGUAGUUGAUACGAUCGGCGGAAAGCGCUUCCGGAUCUUGUCUCGAGGAGUGAAGGACGGCUACAGCACGGCAGACAUCGAACACUUGGCCGACAGCAGGGUGGACGAUAGCGAUGAACUGGGAAAGUUGCAAGAGCUGCACGAUGCAGUGUACGAACAGGCCCAGGUCUGGUUCCAGAACCUCAAGAUCCGCUUCCACAACCAGAUCCUGCAGCACUUUGGACCAAUGCCGGAGCGAGAAGCUGACAUCCAGGCCACUCCCAACGGUCCUGCGUGCUGCUGGUGGCUCCUGGCCGUCCUGCCCAUCGAUCCUCGGUACCAGCUCUCCGUUCUGUCCAUGACCAGCCUCAAAGACCGCCUGGUGAAGAUCCAGCACAUCCUGACAUAUCUGCAGAGCAUCCCCAGUAACUAGAGCUUCCUCCACCACGAAUCUCCUUUUUGGACUUUGAAAUGGCAUUUAGGAACCGAUUUAGUUCAGCAUCUCAACCUAAAGUCUUGAACUACCAGCUAACUGCAUUAUUUUUUGUUCCUUUUUUAUAGCUAAAAACACACAUCUAUUUUUCUUUGUAUGAAACCUACACGACACGAGUUCAAAUCUGCAAAUCAAUAAAAAAAACAGAGAUAUAACCAAACCACCUCAGGGAUGCUCUCAAUGACGACUCCUUUUAAAAUCUUGGUGGAUAAAAGGACAGAAUAGAAGAACUCUCACCCGAUGUAGUCGUGGAGAAACCGUGAAAAAAACAAGUGACUUGCACUUGAUUGGGACGAUAUUGAAGACGACCGAGAGAUUUCCCGACUGUGACAUCAAGGUACCAGAUUUUUACGACUGGAACACA